AGACUGGAGAAGGAGUCAGGGUUCUUCUUCAACAUGAGGUACUUUGAGGAUGCAGUGACUAAUGGGGAAUGGGAGGAUGUGGAGAAGUAUCUGGCAGGGUUUACAAAGGUCGACGAUAACCGGUACUCCAUGAAAAUUUUCUUCGAGCUCAGAAAGCAGAAAUUUCUCGAAGCACUAGACAAGCGUGACAAUUCGAAGGCCGUGGAGAUUCUAAGGAAAGAUCUGAAAAUAUUUUCUACAUUCAAUGAGGAUCUCUUUAAGGAAAUCACAAUGCUCCUGACCUUGCCAAACUUUAGGGAAAAUGAUCAGCUAUCAAAGUACGGUGAUACUAAGUCAGCCAGGGCUAUAAUGCUUGUUGAGCUAAAGAAACUGAUCGAGGCAAAUCCUCUAUUUCGUGAUAAGCUUCAGUUUCCUAGCUUGAAGAACUCAAGAUUGAGAACACUGAUCAACCAAAGUUUGAAUUGGCAACAUCAACUUUGUAAGAAUCCAAAACCCAACCCUGAUAUAAAAACUCUCUUUGUGGAUCACACUUGUUCGCAACCAAACGGUGCUCGAGCUCCAUCACCUGUCACUAAUCCGUUGAUGGGUUCAAUUCCUAAAGUUGGUGGGUUCCCACCAAUGGGGGCCCCAGCACCAUUUCCACAUGCCCCUGCCCAAUUGACGGAUUCACUUGCAGGAUGGAUGGCCAAUCCAUCCUCAGUCUCUCAUCCAGCCAUUUCUAUUGGACCCAUGGGCUUAACUCCCCCUAAUAAUGCUGCAUCUAUGAUAAAGCGUCCUAGGACUCCUCCUACUAACAAUCCAGCACUGGACUAUCAAACUGCAGAUUCCGAACAUGUCUUGAAGAGAUCAAGACCUUUUGGUGUUCCAGAAGAGGCUAACAAUCUUCCAAUCAACAUAUUGCCUGUCUCAUAUACUGGUCAGAGCCAUGCCCAUGCCUUGCAAACUGCUGCUGCUGAUGACUUACCUAAGACAGUUAUGGCAAAUUUGAAUCAGGGUUCUGCCGUGAAAACCAUGGAUUUUCACCCGGUUCAACAGACACUACUUCUAGUGGGAACUAAUAUCGGUGAGAUCUCUAUCUGGGACGUGAGUGGCGGGGAGAAGCUGAUUGUCAGAAAUUUUAAAGUGUGGGACCUUGGAGCUUGCACGAUGAAUCUUCAGGCUUCUUUGGCCAAUGAAUACACCGCAUCCGUGAACCGUGUCAUGUGGAGUCCUGACGGAAAUCUUUUUGGUGUUGCGUACUCAAAACACAUUGUUCAAUUGUAUGCUUUUUUUGGAGGCGAUGAUCACUGUUCACUUGUAAGGAAUCACCGCGAGAUCGAUGCACAUAUUGGGAGUGUUAACGAUCUUGCCUUUUCUCAUCCUAACAAGCAAUUGUGUGUUAUAACCUGUGGGGAGGACAAGGCAAUUAAGGUAUGGGAUGUAGCCACUGGUACAAAACAGUUCACUUUUGACGGUCAUGAGGCACCUGUUUAUUCUGUAUGCCCACAUUUCAAGGAAAAUAUUCAGUUCAUCUUCUCGACCUCUGUUGAUGGAAAGAUCAAAGCUUGGCUGUAUGAUAAUAUGGGUUCAAGAGUGGAUUAUGAUGCUCCAGGUCGAUCUUGUACCACUAUGGCCUACAGUGCUGAUGGAUCUAGAUUAUUCUCCUGUGGCACGAGCAAAGAGGGGGAAUCGUUCAUUGUGGAGUGGAAUGAGAGUGAAGGAGCUGUUAAGAGGACAUAUCUUGGUGUGAGUAAACGCUCAGUUGGAGUAGUCCAAUUUGACACCACAAAGAAUCGCUUUUUAGUUGCUGGUGAUGAGUUCAAGAUUAAAUUUUGGGACAUGGACAAUGUAAAUUUAUUAAUGAGUAUUGAUGCCGAUGGUGGUUUACCGGCUUCCCCUUGCAUUCGGUUCAGCAAGGAAGGGUCCCUAUUGGCUGUGUCGACUAGUGAGAAUGGUAUUAAAAUACUCGCCAAUCCUGAAGGUGUUCGUUUGAUGCGAUCUAUGGAAAGUCGAUCUGGAGCCAAUGCGAAGGCAGCUAUUCUUGGCCCUUUUGGUGCUUCGAGUUCGGCAGCAGCAGGCACUGGUGCUAGCACAGAUAGAAGUUCACCAAUGGCUGUUAAUAUUGGAUUGAUUUGGAAGCUCACGGAAAUUAAUGAACAAUCUCAACUGCGUUCAUUGAGGCUUCCUGAUGGUCUGUUGUCAGUGAGGAUUAUUCGGCUAAUUUAUACAAAUUCUGGAGGUGCCAUUUUGGCAUUAGCAUACAAUGCUGUCCACAAACUUUGGAAAUGGCAGCGGACAGAGAGAAAUGCUAGCGGAAAGGCAACUUCUUCUGUUCCACCACAACUUUGGCAACCUUCAAGUGGAAUCUUAAUGACCAACGAUAUAAGUGAGACCAACCUUGAAGAAGCCGUUCCGUGUUUCGCACUCUCCAAGAACGAUUCCUAUGUUAUGUCGGCAUCGGGAGGAAAAAUUUCCCUAUUCAAUAUGAUGACAUUUAAGACAAUGACUACUUUUAUGCCCCCUCCACCAGCGGCCACAUUUCUGGCAUUCCAUCCACAGGACAAUAAUGUUAUUGCAAUAGGAAUGGAAGAUGCCACCAUACAAAUCUACAAUGUUCGAGUUGAUGAGAGAGUAACUGGGCUUGCAUUCUCCAACGUGCUAGAUGUUCUUGUAUCAUCAGGAGCUGAUGCUCAGAUAUGUCUGUGGAGUCUAGAUGGAUGGGAAAAGAAGGCAAAUAAGUUCUUGCAGAUUCCUUCGGGCCGCUCUUCUAAUCCUUUGGCACAGACUCGUGUUCAAUUUCAUCAAGACCAAACCCACGUGUUAGUCGUUCACGAGACGCAAAUAGCCGUGUAUGAAGCUUCCAAAUUAGAAUGCAUCAAGCAGUGGGUCCCGUCAGGUCCCGCAAUAACAGACGCCACAUACUCAUGCGACAGCCAAUUGAUCUACACGAGUUUCGAUGAUGGCAGCGUGUGCGUAUUCACCUCCGCCGGCCUAAAGCUCAGGUGCCGAGUAAACCCCACAGCCUAUUUGCCUUCUAAUCCAAGCUCGAGAGUUCAUCCAUUGGUCAUCACAGCUCAUCCAUCCGAACCCAAUCAAUUCGCGUUAGGAUUGACAGAUGGCAGCGUGCACGUGCUUGAGCCGUUAGAAACUGAAGGUAAAUGGGGUACAGUGCCACCGCCAGAAAGCGGGUCUUCACAAGACCAGUCUUCGAGAUAGUGUCGGGUAAAGUUGUUGUACCCACUGAUAAGUUAUCUUGCCAUUGAUUGGUGUAGUAGGGGCUUAGUCUGUAAAAUGAAAAUAACAAUAAAAAAAUAUGAAAGAGCUGUGAUGUAGUAGGAUCAGGCUAGACUGGUGUAUGUAGAGUAGUAUGUUGUGGGAAGUUAAAAUCAUAAGGUGAAAGUGUUGAUAAAAAUACUGAAGGUGGCAGAAUAGUUUACAUUAUGGUCCUUUGAAAUGUUGGGAUUUGUCAGAUUUUAUUUAUUUGGUUCAAGUAAAAGGACUACAAUUUCAAGGAUUCAAGUAUAUGUGUGUGUGUGUGUGUGUU